AUGGGAAAAAUAGUGGGAAUAAGACGUGGCUCUGUACACGACGUAGAAACAGUAAAACCAAAUGCAAAAUUCACGAUGACAUUAUUUGGGGCAAACUUAUGGCCUAGCAGAUAUGAUUCAAUUUGGUUAACCGAUGCCGAUCACUGCGCGGACUCCUUUCACAUGAAAAAAGCUGUCUACUACAUGAAUGUAGUCGAUGAAUUUUCCUAUAAAAAUGUAUUGGUAGUAGAACUAAAGGAUGGUAUUCCUGAAAACGACCAUUUAUAUUUGUUAUGUGUUAAACCAUUUCUCUCCAACAAAGCUACUCCAGACAAUAUAAAAACAUCAACUUAUCUUCAGAUUCGCGUGAAAUUGUUAGCAUCCCGGAGUCCUUACUGGAUGCCUUUCUCACUGCAUGCAAUGAUUCUUAUCAUCUUAUCAAUGUUAACAAUGAGUGCACUUUUCUCGGGUCUUAAUUUAUCAUUCACAUCGGUUGCAAUUAGCGAAUUAAACAUUAUUACUCGUAUGGGCGACGCAUAUAAAAGCCGUCUAGCGAAAAAUAUCAUACCGGUACGGAAACAUCUCAACUGGCUCAUUUGUACGUUUGCAAUAGCCAAUGCAAUCAUUAAUUGUGGAUUAUCAUUGCUACUCGAGAACUUCUUUGAAUACGUGAGUUAA